AUGGACAAGACCGUCCAGUACAGCAGCCCAUCAGAAUACAACGGGUCUGUUCCCGCCUUUACAAACUACACAAUGUCGACGACCGCCGCCGCCGCCGUGCCUCCAGUCUCGAUCCCGCCCCUCACGCCGCUGUCCUCACAUCCCGAACUGCCCAUCAACGGCAGCGGAGAAUACUUUGACCAGGUCCGUCGCAAGUCCCUUCCUUACGCUUCCGACUCGUCGGCAUCGUCCUCGUACACCUCGCCCCCAGGCUACAGCGACCACUCGCCUUCCACUUCCAACGCGACCCUCAACUCUGCUGCCCCGGCCGUCGUCCGUCGCACGUCCACCGACCGCAACGCCGCUGCCACCGAGUACGACUUGUAUAGCCCCCUCAACGGUCUUCCCGAGUCCGAGUCGGUCGUCAUCCCUCCCCUCCUUCCCCCCUCUGUCCAGUGGCCCGACAACGACUUUGACGACUGGGAUGCCCUCCCGGACCUCCUUCGUCAGGACCGCAAGGCAGACUACACCCCGCGCCGCCCCAUGAACAUCUACUUCAUUUACAUGCGCGUCCGUCGCCCCGAGCUCGCCCUUCACAACCCCAACCUGUCCACCGGUGACCUCUCCAAGCUCCUCGGCAAGGAGUGGAACAGCAUGACCCCGGACCAAAAGGCUCCCUGGAACGAGCUCGCCGAGCGCCUCAUGCGCGCGUUCAAGAAGAAGUUCCCCGACUACCAGUACGAGCGUGGCGGCGGCAAGAAGCAGCUCAAGAAGCGUCCUCGCAGCCUCGUGCUUGCUCCUCCUCCCAACACCAUGCUCGGUGCCCGUCGCGCGUCCCAGCCGUACCAUGUGCGCAUGGUGACCGAUCCCCAUUCGCCCGUCUGGGACCCUUCCCAGAACGCCUACAUCUACAAGGACUAUGGCCACUACCAGCCGACCCCCCAGACGGCUCCCCCCAACAUGUAUGCGCACCCCAUGCCCAGCCCCAUGAGCACCCCCAUCGGUGCUCCUCUGUCGUCACCAGUGUACCCGGGCUCGGGAUGGCCUACCCACGCCAUGGAGGUCCCUCACCACCCCUACGCAACGCCCAUGGAGCAACCGCAGAUGGCCGCCUACCCCUUCCCUGCUGCCUACCCUUCUCAGCAGCCCGGUGAGCAGAUGGGCCAGUACUACGCCGCACCACCCAUGUACACUCCCCCAACCGAGGCUCCUUCGCCUUGGGACGAGUACAUGGUGCAGUAG